AUGAUAAACAUUUUGAAGAUGACUGAAACAGAAGUUAGUCGCGAAAAGUUUACAAACAAAUUUGAAUACUUCUUAACUUCACUCAGUUAUGCCGUGGGUUUGGGUAAUGUCUGGCGAUUCCCGUAUUUGUGUUAUUCAAACGGUGGAGGCUCAUUCUUCAUACCAUAUCUCUUGAGUCUAGCAUUAAUUGGUUUCUCCUUUUUUGUAUUGGAGUCAUCGAUGGGUCAGUACUCAAGCGAGGGUCCGAUGACUGUGUGGAAAAUAUCGCCAAUGUUUAAAGGAAUCGGAGUUGCAAUGUUUGUAAUGAAUACAUACGUUGGCAUAUACUACAACAUAAUAGUGGCAUGGGCUAUUUAUUUCAUAUACGCCACAUUCACCGCUCUGCCGGGUGUGCCCUGGAGUACGUGUGAUAACGAGUGGAAUACUGCCGAUUGUCAUUUAUUAAAGCAAGAUGAUAAUUACCCAAACCGCACAUUGAAGAGUCCGAGCGACGAAUUUUUUCAUAACAAAGUGUUGAAUAUGAGUAACGGAAUUGAAAAUAUGGUUACAUUGAACUACCCUUUGGUUAUAUGUCUGGCCAUCGCUUGGCUUCUAAUGUUUUUAAGUAUUUCCCGAGGAGUGAAAGGAUUGGGAAAAGUGGCUUAUUUUACGGCUAUUUUCCCAUACAUUAUGAUCACAAUACUGUUAGGGAGGGGCGCCUCUCUCGAUGGGGCGUUGGAUGGCAUCAAAUACUAUGUGACCCCCGAAUGGGAAAAGUUGGCAAAUAUAAAGGUCUGGUCGCAGGCGGCCUCUCAAAUAUUUUUUUCCCUAUCCAUAUGUAUGGGUGGAGUGAUUACUCUCUCCAGUUAUAAUCCAUUUAAAAAUAACUUUCUUCGAGAUUCGUUGACAAUCGCUGUUUGUAAUUCACUGACGAGGUUCGCGAUAUUUAGUGUCAUUGGAUUUAUGGCCAAAGAUUUAAAUAAAAAUAUCGAUGAAGUGGCUGACCAGGGUGUUGGACUGGCAUUUAUAGUGUAUCCCUCGGCUCUAUCAAUGCUUCCGGUGGCACCUCUUUGGUCGUGUCUAUUCUUUUUAAUGAUAUUAAUCCUGGGAUUUGGGAGUGAAAUGACUCUCAUUGAAGCCAUUGUUAUGACAAUUGUUGAUCAGUGGCCGCACAAACUCAGGCACAGAAAAGUUUGGGUUUUGGCCUGUGUUUGUGUGGUUAUGUUUUUGGCCGGUCUUUUCAUGUGCACGAGUGCUGGUAUCUAUAUUCUGCAAUUAAUGGAUAGCUAUUGUGUGCCAUAUUCUGCGCUCUUUAUAGCAUUUUUUGAAGUGAUGACAAUUGCGUGGGUUUUUGGAAUGAAUAAAUACUUGGAGAGAAUGAAAGAGAUGUUGGGUUCCUAUCCAUUCCCAAAGCAAUAUUGGAAAUAUAUGUAUCAAUAUUUCUGUCCGAUUGUUAUUGCUGUGCUUUUGAUCCUACAAUUUGUAUACAAAUUGCCGACGACUUAUGGGAAUUAUGAAUACCCCGUCUAUUCUGAAGUGAUUGGUUGGCUAUUAUGUGUUUCAUCAAUAAUAUUCAUUCCGGGCAUAGCUUUGUAUCAAAUCUUAUAUAAAAUGUUUGCUGAAAAACUUUCAUUUAAAUUGGCAGUGAAGACAUUGAUUGAACCGACUUCUGUGUGGAGCAAAAGUGUUGAAUCCAAUGGCUUUUCAAAUGGUCACGAAAAGAGUGAUCAAGUUAUGAGUAUUUAAACAUUUUGUAUAAGUUGUCUCAUUUAUUUUUUAAAUGUAUUAUUACUGUAUAAUAUUUUAACGUUAACUUUGUUUAUGCAAUAAUAAAAUAUAUGUAUGAAUUUGUUAUGCAAUGAAA